GAUGGAACCUCUCAGACCGCCCCUUUGCAGAGUGUUAAUGAGCUAGCAGAGGCAAAACAAUUAAUCACCAAAUUACAGCGCGAAAAUGCAGCAUUAAAAGAAAGAUGCAACAAGCUAGAAGGUAUUGUAUUGACGUACUCUUAAUUUCCACACAUUCAAAACAAAGACGACUAGUUUCAACCUUUAAUAGAAAUAUUUUUUUAUUAAUUUUCAGAGCCAACUUUUGAUGAGCAGUUCAAAACGUUCCACAAGUGUCUCACUAAACAUUACAAGGAUGGAGGGCAGCGGCUAUACGACCCUGCAGACAUGGAAAAAUUUGCCAACAAGUGCACCCCUGGAUUGUUCAACCGUGCCUUGUGUCUAGUCAAGAAUGAUCAAAAACAACAGCUUUCUAAGAAAAGACAUGAAAUACUGAGACUGCGAGUUGUGGCACUGCUUCAUCAGCUGUCUUACUUUAGAAACCAAGUGUGUAUAAUAAUAAUAAAAAAUAAAAUAAAUAAUAACACUAAUAAUGAUAAUGGUAAUGAUAAUGAUAAUAAUAAUAAUAGUAAUAAUAAUAGUAAUAAUAAUAAUAAUAACAGGAACCAUACUUUAGAAAGACACUUAAAUUAAAUUAAACACCAUGGUGUGUAAUAGACACAAGUGUUGCUUGUUUGUUUUCAACAGAAAAACAAUCCCUUACAACAAGACUGUGGGUUGCACUUGUCCUUUCAUGGUGCCAGUGAUGAUGCUUUGACAGCUGGCUCACUUCUGGGGUUUAGCACUCACCCGAGAAGUGUGCUAAAACAUAAAAAAGGAUUGUCUGGAAAAAGCAUUCACAAGACACAAGCGAUCGUUGAGAGUGCCAUAAAGGUACAUGUAUUUACAUACUGAAACAAUUCAUUAUUAAACAUCUGCCACUGCACAACACCCUGGCCAAAACAAUAAAUUGACACAAGGUGAGGUGUAAAGAAGCAGGGGCUAAAUAGAAGGCACAAGGACCUUGUAACAAGGAGACAAAAACAACAAAAAUAGAGUGAUUUUAUUUGAACCGUGAAACAGAUAUUAACAAAGAGUGCAAAAUAGCAAGAGGUAAACAAAAGAAGACAAUGGAAUUAAUACAUAAUGGUGCGUAGUAUUCUUCUACCUGUUUCACAGUUUAAGUAAAAUGACUCUAAUUUAUCAGUCCAUAGAUGUACACUGAUCCAGUUAAAAAUUUCCUCCCCAACAGGACAACAACUUCCUCCUGCUCAUUAUAGAUGAUUUUCAUUGUGUCCAGUCUAUAAAAGACCCCAAACAGAGCCAGCUGAGCAAGUGCCUUCACAUGUGUACUGGAGUAGUGGAUCACCAAGAAUCUAUAUCGGCAAUGCCAACAACAAGAAACGUCCACCGGGUUGUACCUGUCCGAAUUGCUGGGGGUGCAAUUGUUAACUGCCGGGGAGGAAUUGAUGCCAACAAAGUGAACGAGUUGUUUCAAGAGCAUUUGUCAAAUUAUUUUACAUUCAGUUAUUUAGACUCUCUACCUGCUGAUUUCAGCCAGUUUGACCUGACAAAUGUAAACAAACGUUUAGUUGAAUUAAGGUAUGAUUUAUAA